CGUGCAGCGUCCCGCAAACGGCACACCCAUCUGGAUGGCUCGGGCAGCGAUCGGCACGCGCACGGCGGAGCCAGUGGACGAGGCUCGAAGGCGCGGGGUGCAGGUGCUGCUCGACACGCUCCUCCUCUCGCGCUGCGACUACCUGCUCAAGAGCUCGUCCGCAGUGAGCGAGUUUGCGCUCUACUUUGCGCCUCGCCUCAUCGCGAGGACGCACGACUUCAGCUUCGAAGCGGGCAGCCCAUGGGGCAGCCCCGCCGGCCUCCCCGCGACCAGCCGGCGCGGCGGUGCUCCUCCCUGGGCGUGGGAGCCUCAGCCAGCAAAGGCGAUGCACCUGGCGCGGGGCGGACGCUGCGCUCUGAGGGAGCCUCGCGAGGCGGGCGGCGAGGGCGGCGAGCCGUUUGUAGUGCUCGGCAACGGCACCGUCCGCGGCGCAGCGGCCGGCGAGGACCCCGAGACAGCUGCCGCCGCUGGUGAGGCUGCCGGGAAAGCAGCGGAGAAGGCUCUCGACGACGGCUUGACUCCCGAGGCUGCCGCCGCCGCGGGUAAGGCGGCGGGUGACGCCAUCAUCGCCGGCGCAGACAUCGAGAUCGCGCCGUGGACGGGCGAGCCGAGCUGCGCUUCGCGCGAGAAGCCGCGGCUGUGCAGUUGGAAGGCGCGCGAGCGCUGGUGCGGCCGCCUGUCAAAGCCGCCAGAGAGGCAGCCGCUCGAGCGAGGCUACGCGGCGGCGCAGCUGAGCAGGCUGCGCCGCUUCCGGUUUGUCUCGAGCGAGGACGGUAGGACGUGCGCGCGCAUCGUCUACGGCGAGGCGCUGCGCCUCUACCGACACUUGCACCCGCCCUCGGCGACGUAUGCGCCACCAAGGGAGAACUUCUCGAGGCAGCCGGCAUUUCGGAGCGAGCGUCGUCGGGAGUCUGCCACAGUCUCGUGCGGCCGAGCAGGCGGCGUCAGCAGAGGCGGUGUCCCGUCCGGAGACUCCGUCUCUGACGCGGCGCGUCAGUGGUUCGCGGCAUGGCGCACGCGCCACGCGGCCUCCGGCCUCUUCCGCCCCGCCAACGAGUCGCUCUGGGCGUGCGAGUCGCCCAUGGAGUCGCCGCCGACCGUGCCGCGCAGGAUUUUGCAGAUGGGAGCGACGGCGGAGGCGGCUCGGUCCACUCUCGUGCAGGCGUGGCGGCGGCUCAACCCGGAGUACGACCACGUCUUUCUGACCGACGCCGAGGGGGGCGACUUUGUGCGCGCGAUCGCGUCGACUGCCGAGCGAGCGGCGUACGGCGCGCUGGCGACCGGCGCGCAGCGGUCUGACCUGCUUCGGCUGCUCUGGCUGCGAGAGCUCGGCGGCAUCUACGCGGACAGUGACACAGAGCCGACUCUCCCGCUGCGCGUGUUUGUCCCUCGCCGCGCCACGUUCCUCCGCACCGGCAGCACGUUCGAGUUCAUUGGCACGCGGACGGGGCACCCGCUCUUCCGGUGGGCGGUGGCCAACGUGACUCGCGAGGUCCAGAGGCAGGUAGAGGGCAUCCGCCGGGGCAGGCCGCUCUGCAACACCUCCCACACUUGCGUCAUCCGAGUCAGCGGGCCGGUGAUGUAUCAGCGCGCGCGGAGAACCUUUUGCCGGUCGAAGGCCAACGUCAAGUACCGGAGCGUGUGCAGCCCCGCGCGCAAGAACAGCUGCAGCGCUUGGGCGCGGGCGAGGGCGAGGUGGGUCAAUACCUCGACGUUCCGGGCGGAGAACGAGCGGAUCGGUCUGAGCCCCGAGUUUGUGACGUACGGCAAACGUCCUUCUCCCGAUGCUCUGCAUGUACCUAAGGUACGCAAUCUGGGCGGGUUGGUUGAGAUUUGCGGCGGUGCCGUCCGCCAUCUGGACUGCCGGAACGCGCGGAGAGCAGCCCUGUUGAGUCCCGGCGCGAACGAGAGCAUCCUCCAGCGCGUCGGGUUCGCGCGGUGCGAGACGCGCCACUACUCGCAGCACACGCACUUCUUCAAUGUUUAGCGGGAGAGUGAGCGCAAAUUUCUACUCUGUACGCACAUACAGUACUC